CAGCACACAUGGGUGCCUGCCUCAGAGCUAACAUGGAGAGCGAGGGGAUGUUUGUCAGCUCGAUGUACUACGGGAGGAUCGGAAGCGGGGCCACGGAGAGUCUGCUGGAGAGGUUCGGACACGAUGGCAGCUUUCUGAUCAGAGACAGUGAGACGGUGCAGGGGGCCUUCUGUCUGUGUGUGAGAAAAGCACCGUAUGUGCACACCUACAGGCUUGUUCAGUCCUCUGUCGGCUGGUUUCUUCAACUUCAGGAUUCAGGAGUCAGACAGCAGACUUUCAGGACUCUGGAAACACUGAUCGAGAGCUACAGACGAGCUGUCUGUGACGUCAGUAUAGCUCCUCUCACAGAGCCACUGGACAAGACACAGAUACAGAACAUCAGCUCUGGACAAGAGUUUCUUUACAUGGAAACGUGCAGCAGCAGCAACUCCAUCUGCUGAAGUCACAAAACAAGACUGCCGAAACAUAAAGAGCAUGACACAUCAAGGAUCUGACUGACUGUCCGGUUCCUUUCUUCUUGCGUGGCGUGGACCUAAUUGCUUCAUUGGGUGCAUUGAUUGUCUUUAUUAUGAAAAAUGUCACUGUGGGUUUAAACUUUAUUGAGGUCAUGUCGAUUUAUAAAAAAGACAAAAACAAGUUGUUGCAAUGUUUUGUCUUUUUUUAAUUUGGUGUCAGAGUGAGUGUGGCAUAUGCAGUGUGAAUGUGUCACACACUAUCUCUGUGUGUGGUUUUCACGAUGUCAAGCCUCGUGUGAAAAAGAAAGAUCCUUUUACAAAUAUGGUCGUGGCUGAUGUGUUUUUAACACCUUGAAUCAUGCAGGUUGUCUGUUUUGGGGAAGCCACUCUUGAUGACAGUGAUGUAUCUGAUCUUUCUGACUCACACUUCUCUUAUCUUAUCUGAAGUUCUGUAGACAAAAAACGGACCUGCAGGAAGUUGAAUCAUCUAUUGUGGGCCAACUCCUUUCCACAUGUGGCUUAUAGUGUAUUUGUUUUUGCAACACAAAAGUCUCCCACCUCAGGGGUCGUUUGUGUUUAUUUAAUAUGAGACGAUGAGUAAGACUAAGACAUGUUUCUCUGUAGGUCCAUCCUGACUGUUUAAAUGGAGAGCUGUGAACGUUGAACGUUGCUCACAUUUGGUCAUUUUUAACACAUUUUCAAACACGACUGUACUGUUAUUCUUGAAACCUGAGCAUGUUGUUGUAUGAGUAUCUGCAAAGUUUUCCAAUCAAAAUACAACGUGUAAGAUAUCUUAAUAAAGUUAACAUGCAUCUUUAGCCGA